AAUAUCAACUAUCUUCUGCUGCUGCUUAUGUAUCUGAAGAGAUACGUCGUAUGCGUUCUGCGGGAACUAUUGGAACACCAGUAGAGUUAGUAGUAAAUUGUAUCAAAUUAUUUUUCAAUCCAGAUUGGAAGUUGCAAAAAUACAGAGUACAUUUCAAUCCAAAUAUCCAGACAAAUAUUCAAAACGAAAUAUUAAAUAAACAUAAAUCCAUCUUGAGAGAAUUUGUUUUUUAUGGAUAUCAUUUGUACACCUCUGUAAAAUAUGUACUAGAAAAAUUUAUUCUGUAUGAUUACGGUGGUCCUGAUGGUUCAUUAGUAAUGAUCACUAUAAAUCAUAUUGGUGAAAUUCAAGAAAGUGAUUUGAUAAGAGUACCAAUUUUAAUGAAAUUUUUACUUAAUUGUUUUUGUCAUUCAAAUUAUACGAGAGUUGAAUCCAGAUACUAUAAUCCAGAAGCUAUAGUAACUAAUACAAGACUUGGGAUAAAAUAUUUGCCUGGUUACGAAUUUGGACUUAGCGAAGUUGAAGGUCAACUUCUAUUACGUAUCGGACUAACAAAUAAGAUUGAGACUACAGAAACUGUUUUAGAUUUCUUACGAGUGAGUUGUGGAAAUAGCAGAAAUAGAGUCCCUAGUUUAAUAAACAAUUUUAAAGCUAGUAUAAUUGGUACUGUAGUUCUGACAUCACAUAAUAAUAAACUGUACAAAAUCCGUGGUGUCAAUGAGAAUUUAAAUAUUUAUUCUACAUUUAUUACUGAAGAUGGAUCAAAGAUAUCAUACAUGGAUUAUUAUAAACAAAAAUGGAACAUAACUAUCAUAGAUGCCAAACAACCAAUGUUAAAAACUACAAAACAUGAUGAAAAUGGUUCACUAAAAACAGUAUACCUUGUUCCAGAGUUAUGUAUUCUAACUAAACUUACUAAGAUUAUAGGAAAUAAGACACUCGUUAAAGAAUUGAAUCAGUAUACAAAUUAUGGACCAAGUAAAACAAUGAUCAAGUAUAAACAAUUUUUUAGUAAAUUGCAUUCUAAAACAAAGUUCAUAGAUACAUUAAAAACAUGGAACUUACAUUUGGGCGAACACUUUAUCAAAAUCUCUGGACGUGUACUCCCUUCUUUCUUUUUGAAAAGUCUUGCAGAAAUGUACCCUAUUGGACCCCUAGGAAAUUGGACUAAAGAAAUACAGUUCUUAGGAAUGAUAGUUAUUCCAAAAGUUGAAAGCUGGGUUAUUUUAACUCCCAGUAAAUAUUUUUUAAAAGUAAAAAAAUUUAUUGGGCUUCUAAGAUUGGCAGCGGAUAUGAUACUAAUUCAUCUACCAAUACCAGAAAUAAUACAAAUGAAUGACGCAUGCCAAAGAACAUACAUGAAUCAUUUGGAUGACAUUAUAAAGAAUAAUGUACAUACACUUAUUUUAUGUGUUGUCAAGUCACUGCAUAGUGAUCUUAGCAAUAAAAUAAAUAGAAAGUUGUGUAUCGGAGCAGCAGUACCAUCACAAUUAAUAUCUUUGAAACAAGUUAUAACCAACGACAAUUCAAAGUGUUUCAAAACCGCCAUACGAAUAAAUUGUAAGCUGGGUGGAGUACCCUGGUUGCUGCAAUUCCCUAAGCAGAACUUUAUGGCAGUUGGUUUGGAUAUCUACCAAGAUUUACAUGAUAAACAUAAAUAUUAUUGUGCAGUAAUGGCUUCAAUGGAUGAUUCUUAUACGAGAUACUUCAGUUUUCUGGAAUUACUACAUAAAAUCUAUAUUUCAGAAUUUUUUGUAACAACUAUUGCUAAAGCUAUAUACAAGUUCAAAGACAAAAAUGGAACAUUUCCUACAGGGAUAAUUAUAUAUAGAGAUGGUUUAGAAUUUGAUACAAUAAAUAAUAUGAAUUCUAUUUGUGUUUCUGAGAUUAUAUCAUUAAUGAAACAACGUGAUGAGUUCUUUGGUGGAGGAGUAAAUUAUAUUAUUCCCUUUGUAUAUAUUACAAUACAAAAAAAUUAUAUAACUAAAUUGUUCAGUCAAUAUGGUCCUACAAAUUAUCGAAAUCCUCCAAUUGGGACAAUUGUUGAUACUAGCAUCACUGACGAGAUUAUGUAUGACUUCCUCUUAAUUUCACAUACAACAAAAUCUGGGAUAGUACAACCAACUUACUAUCGUAUAGUUUAUAAUUGUUUUCCUCAUCUAACAAUCGAUGAAAUACAAAUGUUUACUUUCAUGUUAACUCAUAUGUACUUCAAUUGUUCUCAUACCAUACGAGUACCUGCUCCAUGUCGAAUGGCGUACAAGUUGGCAUAUUUUAGUGCAAAUACACUCAAGAGUACUCAAAACAUAUUGUUACAUGGAUUCCCAUUCUUUUUUUAAAUAGUUUUAAUUUUUG